UCUUGCCUCCCAUAUCGCUGCAGUCUCCCUCCGCCAGCGCGCCGUCCGUGUUGUUGUAGUAAAUAAUGGCGGCAUCGGGAGGCGGAUUAUCAUCUCCCGCCACCGUCGCGGGCUUGAGCACCCAAGCGCCGGCCCGGGCUCGCUUCCCGGGCCGGCCGUGCACGGCUCGCAGCAGGCUGCGGUCGGAGAAACGUACCAGACGCGGAAGGUUGGGCUCGGACAACGGGGAGCUGGCUGCCGGAGGGCCGAGGCCCGUAAACAUCGGGCUCGCGUUGAGCGAGGAUCCGUCCCUGCUGCGCCUUCUCGGUGUGGCGGAGAAGCACAGGCGCCAGAAAGAUGCGGGGUUCGACUCCAGCAACAGUGAGGAGGAGGAAGAUUUCACUGGAUUUGGGACCACAACAGUUCGUCCACAGAAAACUUCUGGCACUCUUCCUCGGUCUUUGUCACUCAGCCAUUCUCCAGGAACAAAGUCUCUCAUUGGAAAAAUUUUACCCAAGUCCCCAAAACCAGCUCUGAUUGGGAAAAUUGUACCAAGGGCUCCUAAAGAAGGCCAGGGUGCCAAAGACAGCCCAGUAGAAGACAAAGAAAUACCCAAGGUGGUAAUUAAACUGCAUGGCAAGCAGGUAGGUCUCACUGCAAAAGCCAAACAUGCAGACGAGCAGGCCUCAGGUAGACAGAGCAGUAAAAAAUCAGUUGACUUUGUAAAGAAAGCAGGAGAAACAGCCGACUCAGGCAACUCACAAAACCAAACAGCCGCUACCUCAGCUGCUGGCACUAAGCAAAAUAAGCUGGUGAGCACUGUGACAGCAGUCAAGGGCACAGAAAAAGCUUCCAAGGUCAAAGAACAAGGCGAGGUGUCAGAGGACUCAGACACAGACCAAUCCCAGCCACAGAGCUCUGUGAAACAAAUGAAGAGAUUUCGAUUUGGGCGCACAAGGCGCACAUCUCAAGCAGUCGCUCUGUCAUUUACAUCCUUUCACAAACGGCAGAAGAAGAGAAUGGCUAAGGGUAUGGGUGCCUCUCCUGAGGCUGGAGCUGAGGCCGGUGCUCAGAGUGGAGAGGAGGCAGCGAUGCCCCUCGAGUGUAAAGCUGAAGUUUCCUCUGAGAAACGAACAAACAAAAGACCACGUAGGUCUUUGUUUGGACACAGGCGAAAGGCUAAACCAACUAUUAGACGUCCAAAGCUGGGCCGUACUCGCACUAGGCGAGUUUUUUACACCUAUAUAACUGAGCCCGUUCCAGCCGCACCGACGCAGGACGGGAACGAGCAGCAACUGCAAGGUCAAAAUAUCACACCAUCAGAAGGUGAACCCAGCUCAUUUUCUGAACAAGUUCAGCAGAGCUCCAACUCCUCGACUCCUGUAAUGAGCGCACGGUCUUCCCGCGUUAUUAAAGCUCCGAAGAGGUUCUUGGACGAGGAAAUGAUUCCCUUUCCAAAGGGCCCUCUGUCAACAUGGCUGAAGAGUCAACAGAGAGAGGAUGGAAAAGCGAGUGCAUCACAUCCUGAGUUAGGUUAUGAUGGCAACUCAUUACAGUCAGACAGUGACUCUUUAUCUGCUUUCGACAGCCCAUCUGCUGUGCCGAAGUUUUCAUCAAAGCCCAGUCCAGGAACGAGCCACCUGGAGAUCUACAAAAACCUCAAAAAACUGACCUUGAAACUGGCGGAAAAAAAGAAAGGCCAGCCCGACACUCAAGGGGAUUAUACACAUCAUGGCGACGGCUUGACCUCUCAUGUCAGGAAGAGGCGGAGGUCAAAGCUUAUGAUGGAGGAGAUGGAGUCUCCUGGUGUUGUGAGGAAACUAGCUGUUGUGGUGAACGCUGAUGUGGAAGCGCCCUCUCAUAUGCCGUUUGAAGAUAUUGGCAACAAUAAUCAAGCAGGAGGCAUGACAGGGGACAGUCAGGAGGCUUUAGAAGUCAGUGGACCAAGCCAUCGAAUUGGUCUCAGUGGAGCUAAUAAGAGGAUGCUCCACCUGCUGAAGAAAGCCAAAGUCCAGCUCAUCAAAAUUGAUCAGCAGAAGCAGCUCAAGUUGUCACAGUUGGGCUCGAGAGAAUCACGAGUGCCGGUGAGCGGAAGGAGGAGGAGGAGGAGGAGAGUUGGCGCAUCUCCCAAAGAUACUAGUCCUCAGGAGCAACCGUUGGGUGGUCCAAGGAUCAAACAUGUCUGUCGGGCAGCAGCAGUGGCUCUGGGGCAGCCCCGUGCCAUGGUGCCAGAUGAUAUUCCCAGACUCAGCGCCCUGCCACUGCACGAGAGAGAGGGCAUCACCUUCUCUCCCACAGCAGAAGAUGUGGCAGAUGAUGACGAUGACAUCUCUGAUCAGGGCAGGGCUCAGUGGGUUGUCUCUCAGGAAAACAUCCAGCGGAGGAGGAGGGGGAGGGGAAAGGGCCACAAGUUCAGAAAGAGGAAGGUAUUGAGUCGGUAUGCACCUGGGGGAGUGCGCGCCCGGCGCUGUGGACGCUGCCCAGGCUGUUUGAUAGAGGACGACUGCGCAAAGUGUGUCAACUGCCUCGACAAGCCCAAAUUCGGAGGGCCCAACACCAAGCGGCAGUGUUGCAUAUAUAAAAAGUGUGAGCGGAUUGAGAAAGCAAAGAUUGAGCGCAUUGUCAGACCAUUUAAAGUCCAGGCGAGGCGGUUGUCAGGCUCCGUGUCAAGCAGUGACGAUGCGAACUGGGGCUUUGGAGGAGCAGGCGAGGGAUCGUCCUCGAUGGCGCCUGGAGUCAGGAAACAGUCACUGCGUAACAUCACACCACGCUCUUACAGCAGCCUGCUUAAAUCCGAAUCUGAAUCUGAAGGAGAAGAGGGAGAAGGAGAAGAGGACAAGACAGAUAAAUCAACAGCCAAGCCAAAUGUUGCUGCUGCAAGCAACCAAGAUCUUGCUCCUCAAGAUGGCGGAUCAGUCCCAGAUGACCCUCCAGCUGAGGCGGUGAAGCAUCGCCGGCCAUUCUCCAGAGGAACUGGGAGCAGACCCAGAGCUCACAAGAAUCCUGCAGAGUGUGCGUCAGUGAACACCCUGACAGGGUUAACUAACGGAUUUCCCCAAAAGGGCCUGUUGCAGAACAAGUACAAGAUCCGCGUGGACUUUAAGGAGGACUGUGCCGUCCAGAAUGUAUGGCUAAUGGGUGGCCUCAGCGUCCUCACAUCUGUCCCUACCACACCACAACCCGUCUGUCUGCUCUGUGCCAGUAAAGGACGACAUGAGAUGAUAUUCUGCCAGAUCUGCUGUGAGCCUUUCCACAGUUUUUGCCUCUUGCCAGAGGAGCGCCCCAAGGAGGAGAACAAGGAGAACUGGUGCUGCAGGCGCUGCAAAUUCUGCCACGUGUGUGGACGUAGAAGCAAGAGCACAAAGCCUGUGUUACAGUGCAGGAGAUGCCACACCUCCUACCAUCCUUCCUGCUUGGGACCAACAUACCCUAAACCUAUGAACUGCAGCAUGCCCUGGGUGUGUAUGACAUGCAUUCGGUGUAAAAGCUGUGGUGUGACUCCUGGAAAGUCCUGGGACUUGGCCUGGAACCACGAGCAGGAUCUCUGUCCUGACUGCACUUCUCUCCACAGCAAAGGUAAUUUCUGCACUGUUUGCCACAAGUGCUAUGAUGACAACAAACAACAUACACAGAUGAUUCAGUGUUCAAAGUGCAACCACUGGAUUCAUUACAUAUGUGAAGGACUUUCAGAGGAGCUGUUUGGAUUACUGUCAAGCCAACGAGGACAGGUGGUUUUCACCUGUUCACCCUGUGGCCAACGCCGAACUGAACGCAGGAGCCUGAAGGAGGAGUUGCAGAGCAGACUGAUAGCCGGGCUGGGGGACGUGCUCACCCACCUCCUCAACGACGACAUCACGAAGCACCUCCUUAUCUGUAAAGCGUGUCAGGAAACAAAUGACUCAGGGUUUGUCAGGGAACAGCGUCCAGUCUGCGAUCUGCAAGUCAUGGAGAAGAAGUUUAAAGGAGGCGGUUACACCUCAAUAAAAACUUUCCAUGCGGAUGUCAUCUCUGUGAUGAGGAAGUGGCUGAAGAAGGAGGAGCUCCUUCCUGAGAAUCAGAGAUUGACCAGUCAGGCCAGGACACACUAUGUCAAAUUGGUGGAGCGAGUUUUCACUUGGUUUCCUGCACGCAUCCUGAAGAAGUGGAGCUCAUUCUCUGAGGAAUUCCCAAGUGGCAUGCUUCCUGAGGCAGUCCUCCCACCAUCUAAGGAGCACAGCUAUGCACAGUGGCUGGAGAGGACAUACCAGCCUAAGGAGUCCAGGGGCCACACGGCGGGGAAAACUCUGCUGUCGUCACUCACUACACAGCAGCCUGGUGCAUCGCACAGCCUCCCUCUGCAUUCACAUGGUGUAAAAGAUGACCAGGAAACUACCAAGAGUAAAGAUAUGAGGCAGUGUGCAUUGUGUCAGCAAUAUGGAGACUCUGCUCCCAAUGAUGCAGGACGGCUGUUGUACUUGGGACAGAAUGAAUGGGCCCACAUUAACUGCUGCCUUUGGUCUGCAGAGGUGUAUGAGGACAACAGUGCACUUUUGCAAGUGCACAGCGCUGUCUCAAGAGGGCGCCACCUGCGUUGUGAUCGUUGUGGACAGUCAGGAGCCACCGUCGGCUGCUGUCUUGCCACCUGCCAGAGUAAUUUCCAUUUCAUGUGUGCUCGCGCCCAGAACUGCGUGUUUCAGCAGGACAGGAAGAUGUACUGCUACAAACACAGGGAUCUUGUCAGUGCAAAGAUGGUGUCUGGGAAAGGGUUUGAAGUCCCUCGAAGGGUGUACGUGGACUUUGAAGGGAUCAAUUUCAGGAGAAAGUUCCUCACAGGCCUCGAGCCUGAAUCAAUAAACAUGACCAUAGGCUCUCUACAGAUUCAGAAACUUGGUGUGUUGUCAGAGCUGUCAUCUAAUGGGAGGAUGCUGUAUCCAGUCGGCUAUCAAUGUUCUCGGUUGUACUGGAGCACUGUGGACCCCCGCAGGCGCUGUAAGUACACCUGUAAGGUGACCGAAGUGAGCACACCUCUCCCUGGUGAGGAACAAGAUCCGAGAUGGGACCAAGAAGAGAAUCACACCAUAGUUCACAGUCCCAAACACCACAGAGAUAUGGAGUCCCCUGAUCGCUUAAGCUCCACAUCCAGUCCAAUUAAGUCCACUACCCCAUCACCCAACUCUAAACUGCACAAUACACCUGGUUCCAAAAGUCCUGGUUAUACACAGACCAGGAGACCAGCUGGAGGAUCAUUUCGACCUCUCCCAUCUCCAGGGUCCGCUCCCCCCAAAUCCCAUCACAUCCUGACACUGAGGGACUUGGAGGACACACGUCGACCUCGCAGGCUGUCAUCAAGAAGCCGCUGCAGUUCCUCACCAACAGACAGCGACCCAUCUGUACCGAUGACCCUCCGCUCCGGUGGCACCGUCCACUCCAGAUGUGCCCUGUUCAGUUCCCCACCAAGAUCAUCAAGCUUCGGACCAGCCUCGCCUCCUCUGUCUCGACAAAACUCAACAUCUCCAGUCUGGAGCUCCCCACCUAGGUCCAACUCCAGCAUUUCUGCAGGGCUGUCACCUCGGCAAGGAGCUAUCACUCACUCCCCCAAAGGGAGACAAAACUUUAAAAUCACCACUCCAGUUUCUGCCGAGGUUCCCCAAGACUUCCUAGCAUCGUCUGAGGCAGAAGACGCAGCCGUGGCCACAACCAAUGGGAUCUCACUAGCCCCUGAUAACUUGGAAGAGGAAGUUGCCCACCUGAUGUCCCAGGAGCUGCCUUACACUGUGUUUGACACUGACACAGAGGUGGCAGUGGCCUCCAUGCUGAAUGCAAAACUCGAGUUUGACGAGGCUCUGCUAACUGAGAAUGUCGUACUUCACUGCGGAGCACAAGGUGGUAGAGGAGAGGUGGAAGGUGUUGUGCAGGAUGUGGAAAUGCAGGAACAUAAUCAGGAGAAUGACUCUGAAGAUGAAGACUCAAGCCAUUACUUUAAGUUUUCACGUACAGUGGUGUGUGAUGCAGCUAGUGGCUCAGAUGCCUCCGGUCAGCUCGCUUCAGCACAGUCGAUCUCGCAGUUAGAUGGGGCGGACAGUGGGUCAGAGAGUGAUGAAAGCGAAGUGGGCAAUGAUGAAGCUCAGGACGCUAAAAUUCACAAUCAUAAUACACCUACUAAACAGCUGACGAUUGCACUAAAGAGGCUGGAGUCAAUCUACACUGUGUCAAAGUCAACAGUCCAACAAGGAGCAACUGAGCCAGAGUUUCAGGAAAAUUCUCCACCAUCUGCUCUUCUUGAAUCGGAUUAUGUACAUGAUGAGAUGUCAGUUCAGGAGGAAGAGGUCCCGAUGAGCUCGGAAAUACCAACAUCUCACAAUGAUCUAUUAUUGGAUUCAGCUACAGGUCAUUUUGUUUCUGCUGGAGAUGGCUCUGUAUUACACAUAAAUAAUCAAGGUGAUGAUAAAGAUGACAGCGUCUCAUCAGCUGACUCAGUUGACGGAUUCAAAGACGAUUUAAAUGACCCCGACUACUCACCAGAAUCUAAAACCAAAAAAUCUCCCACAGCGCAGAUGAAAACCAUCGUGGUGAAGACAAAACGUCCCACAUCAAACCUCAAACGCCUGUCGCCAAAACCGUAUCUUCCGCAGCAGCAUAAACUCAAAUUGCUGUUGCCUUCUCCACCCACACAAACUGUAAAUAAUGCGUCUGUUUCCUCUGCUGCUGCCACUUUUUGUACAGUCCCACGCACGCUGAGAUCCCCCAUUGUAAUCAAUGGCUUAAAUGCUUUACCUAUUCAACCUGGUGCCAAACAGAGCAGAACCAUCGCCAUCCGCUUGGACAGCUCCAAGCCAGGAAGUCGGCAGCAGGUAGUGACUCCGAAUCAGGCUGCAGCCACCGACUCGCCCCCAUCUUCUGCUCCUUCCCCACAAGUCCUGCUGGUCAACCGUCAAGGUCAGAUUCUCAUCAAAGACCCGAGGUCAAACACUUACCAGUCACUCAAUACAAAUUCUCCUACUUACAGUAAAAUAAGCCAGAUAGCCAAGAUUCUCCACAGUGGUAACGCUUUGCAGCGCUCUGUCCCUCGUGUCAUAAUAAAGCCUCGCUCCAACCCUUCUGCCACAAGCGCCCCUGCUGCCAGUAACCACACAACAACGGCGGAGAGAAAAAUCAUUGUCAGAGUGGUGCCAGUGAAAAGCGGCGGCACUCCCACUUCUACAGCUCCCACUAGCGUCCGGAGCGUAACUGAACCUGGUCUCUCCAACAUUGAAGAAAGCACUGCUCAGGCUAUUAUUGACAGAGCCAUGGCUACCCACCGCCACGCGCAAAGGACAAAACCCAUCAUCCUCAGUAACCCUCGACAGCCAAAGGUCAGACAUCGAAGAUCAUCCCAGUUUCAGGACGCAGAGGACUCAGAUCAGUCACCAGAGGCGUUUUCAGAGUUGCCCAGCAGUUUAAUCAAUGAAGCAGAUUUGAACUCGCAACCAACACCUGCCUCGUCACGCCACCAGGUGAGAGUUAAGAGAGUGUCAUCAGUGUCUGAAAGGCCCUCUCGGAAGAAAUCCAAGAUGGACUUCUUGAUGGAUCCCUCAAGUGAAGUGGAUGACGUUAAUGAAGCCAGCAGAUCCAGUGGUGUGAGAAUGAAAGCACCAACAAUGAAGGAUAUUCUUGAUCUAGACCAGAAGAUAUUUUCUGAUGAGCCUGAGCCACUGAGAAUUACUGCUCCACCACCGCCUACACCCUCCAGGCGUUCUCAGGUUGAGAGUCCACCUACAUCUGAACACACCAACAGCCACAGUAUGAGUAAUACACACAUGUGGGUCAGCGCUCGCCACGGAGACCUCUCUGAAUGGGGCCCUUAUUCAGGUUUCAGCUCAGAAGAAGAUGCACCUGCACCUAGAUACAGAAAGAGGACGUACAUGAACCAGCCCCAUCUGCGCUUUGAAAUCACCAGUGAAGAUGGCUUCAGUGUUAAAGCUAACAGUAUAGAGGUCGCCUGGCGUGCAGUGAUUGACGGUGUCCUUGAAGCCCGAGCCGCCUUCCACCUGAAGCAGCUGCCCCUGGGUGGGAUGAGCGGGCCGCGGGUGCUCGGUGUCGUCCACGACGCCGUUAUCUUCCUGCUGGAGCAGCUGCAGGGGGCCGCAAACUGCAAACAGCACCGCUUCCGCUUCCACCGGUGUGAUGACAUCGAGGAAGAGCUUCCCCUCAACCCGAGUGGCAGUGCCCGAGCUGAAAUCUACACACGGAAAGCAACUUUUGAUAUGUUCAACUUCCUGGCAUCGCAGCACAGAGAGCCCCCUGACAUUAUAGGGCCCUUUGAUGAAGAGGAAGAUGAAUUCCCACUGAAAUCUUCCAGGCGGGCCACCAGCAGUGAGCUUCCCAUGGCUAUGAGAUUCAGGCACCUGGAGAAACUCUCCAAAGAAGCAGUAGGAGUUUACAGAUCUCAAAUUCAUGGGCGUGGACUUUUCUGUAAGAGGAACAUCGAGGCGGGAGAGAUGGUGAUAGAGUACGCUGGUACCGUCAUUCGCUCUGUCCUCACUGAUAAGCGGGAGAAAUAUUAUGACAGCAAGGGCAUCGGCUGCUACAUGUUCCGAAUCGAUGACUUUGACGUGGUGGACGCGACGAUGCAAGGCAACGCGGCUCGUUUCAUCAACCACUCAUGUGAGCCAAACUGCUACUCUCGUGUCAUCAACGUAGACGGCCGCAAGCACAUCGUCAUCUUUGCCCUGAGAAAGAUCUACCGGGGAGAAGAGCUCACCUACGACUACAAGUUCCCCAUCGAGGACGAGGACAACAAGCUGCACUGCAACUGCGGGACAAGACGCUGUCGACGCUUCCUGAAUUAGUACAGCAUCUCACUCACUCACUCACUCAUUCACUCACUCACUCACUCACUCACACACACACACACACACACACACACACACACACACACACACACACACACCACGUACGUACCAAUAGCCAUCUUGUUAAAUGCACUUGAAUUCAGGAGGUGGACUUUUAUGAGAUGUUGAAGGCGACUGAUGUGACGUAGCCAUAAGAGUGAGGUUGCUGAUGCACACAAACUGAUCUACUGAGUCUUCACUUCAUUGGAAGCUUAAUUUAAAAACCGGGCGAGGGCAGAAUUCAGUUGUUUAUUCUCUGUCGUCUGAAGUGAUGUGAACAGUCACAGAAACCAGAUUAGAGCCAUAUGUCAAAGCUCGGGAUGAAGACUAUUUAUAGAGUUUCAGACUGCUGGAUUGUUUUUUUUUUUUUUGUUUUGUUUUUUUCUUGGAUUCAUGUACUGUUUGACCAUCUCAUACACCACACUCUUUCAGUUUUACAUUACCAAAUCUGUCAUCAAGCUCUCUGCUGCAACCGGAGCUAGACAACAGCCAGAAGAUUACUGCCAGCUACAGACGGUGCAAACUAAAAUAACCUGAUUGCAGUUAUUACUGUGUAAAGAGGGAUCCAUUAUUAUGCUGGUGUCUUUGUAAAUACAAGGUCUCAGAGAAGGAUGAGGUGAAUUAAUUUCAUUCAGCACCUUACUUUGUCAAGACCCUCUCUGGCAGCACCGGUGUCCCAGCAGACGGGACAAGUUUUUAUUUCAGAACAAUAUAUACAUGUUAGACUCAAAGCACCUCAUGUACAUUGUUGUGCAGCUACGUUUUAAUGUCACUCUGGAUACCACAGGGACAAUGAUGUUUCAGGUGCUGGUGACAUUUACCCUAAAAGGUAGUUUUAAUAUAGUCACCCAAACCUUUUCCCUCAUUCAGUCAGUUGAAAUGUCUUGUUUUUAUUUGUAACGGCAGAUAUGCUGUGACCUAAAUGCUUUUAUCCCACUAUAACAGUCUGUUCUUUAUUUGUUCAUUUGUGCCGUUUGUGUAUUUUAAGGUCUAUGAGGGAGUUUCCGAAUAUAGUGAUCUUGCUCUACUCAGUCCCUUAUAAAUCUUUUUGUAUUUUUGUAUAUUUGAACAAUAAAUGUAUAUUCAACAAGCUGAUGGAAAUAAAUGUGUUUGAACUUUUAA